AUGACAUCCGAAUUAACUACUAACCAAACACCGGUAGCUGGCUCGUCCACGGGUGAAACUGCAGUAUCUCAAGCAGUUGCUAGUGCAACAUCAACAUUCCAACCAAGCAGUAAUACAAUGGCAUCAGUAACAUCGGUCGAGACUAGCGUAUCUAUACAACCGUCGCUCGUUAAUACAAAUGGUGUUACAACUGUAUUAUCAUCAGCAGCCACUAAUAGUAUGGCGAGUUCUACUGUAAAUUCCGUAGCAUCUUCAACUCAAAGUAGUCCUUAUUCUGCCGCAUCGAAUUCAAAUACUAUGGGUUCAUCAGAAGGCACUGACUCGACAAGCAACUAUUCGAUAACAUCAUACGCGCCAGCAACUUCUGCUAGUGUGGUCUCUACAGCAUCUCCAACUCCAUUAGUGACUAAUAUUACUGCGACGUAUUCUUAUAAUAUUGUGAGUAACUCUAAUCUAACAAUUGGAUUGGUUAACAAUAUUAAUGUCACACAGAGUGUCCAAAAUAUGGUAAUUACUUCAUUCAAUUUGUCAAAUUUCAAUAUCACUGUCACUGUCACACGCGUUGAAAUUCAACAAAGAGCGAGAGCUAGUUCGCAGGUUUAUCAAAUGCUUGUGGACAUUUUGUUUACAAGUGCUAAUAACGCAUGCCAAUCAAGUUGUAUAAGACAAAGUGUACUAUUACCGACGGUUAACAUCUCGUUACCAGAUAGUACUGGCCAGUUGGUACCUGCAGCUCCUAAUGGACUACCAACAGAAGUCCCCAGUACAGAAACAUCAACAACAACAACAACAACAACAGCAACUGUCACUCCUCAAAAGGGUGGAUCGUCACCGGGUAUUCCAGCACAGUUAGGUAUGGGCCUCGGUAUAUCAUUAAUUGGCAUACUACUUAUAGCAGAAAUAAUAUUUUUAUAUCGAAAAUAUGGUUUAUCCAAUACACAACGACAGCGACAAUAUGCAAUGACUGAUUAUUCAUAA